AUGCGUGUUACCGCUAUCGCCCUCGCUGCUGGCACGCUGUUCUGCGCUGUGGUCCAGGCUGACCUCGCGGUGUUUGGCUAUCUGCCUACCUGGAAUCGCGAUGCUGCUGCCAAGGUUGAUUACAGCAAGUACACUCACGUUGCGCUGGCAUUUGGCGUUCCCAAAGCGGAUGGCUCGCUGAAGUUCGACGGGACCUCGUACCUGUCCAGCGUUGUCUCGCAGCUGCAUUCUACCAAGACCAAGGCGCUGGUGUCUGUUGGUGGCUGGACUGACUCCAACCAUUUCUCAACCAUCCUGAAGUCGCCUUCCGCCCGUAGCACCUUCCUUAACGCCCUGGUUAACCUAGUUAAGGACCACGGUAUCGAUGGUAUCGAUAUUGACUGGGAGUACCCUGGCCACGAAGGCAACCCCGGAAACGCCAUUGACCCGCAGAACGACACCAAGAACCUGCUUGCCUUGGUCAAGGACCUGCGCGCCCAGUUCGAUAGCCGCUUUGGCAAGGGCAGCAAGCUCAUCACGCUCGCUGGAAGCACAGCGCCGUUCUGGGGCCCGAAGGGCCCGCUCUCCGAUGUCAAGGAUUUUGCCGGACCUGUCGAUUUCUUCAACCUCAUGAACUAUGAAAUCAACGGCUCCUGGCAGCCGACCACUGGUCCGAACGCGCCCCUGUACUUUGAGACCAACAAGGGCUCGCAGGCCUCGUUCGACUCAUCAGUCCGUGCUUGGACCAAGGCUGGUAUUCCUAGCAAGAAGCUUCUGGGCGGCCUUGCCUUCUAUGGCCAUGGCUACAAGGCAUCUGUCGACAUGACCAGCAACCCAAAGAACCAGUAUGUUGCCCACACUGGUGACGCCGUGGGUGACUGGACAUACGUUUCGCUGCGCCGGAAUGGCAUUCUGUCGGGUCCGACUACUGCGGCUGGUGACUGGGUGCGCUACUACGAUUCCACUACUCGUACCCCGUGGGUGUUCAACAAGAAGACCAAGGUUUACGUGACCUAUGAUGAUACGCAGAGCCUCAAGGAGAAGCGCGACUAUUCGGCCAAUAACAACCUCGGUGGUGUGAUGGUGUGGUCAAUUGACCAGGACUAUGAC